CAAAGUUCAAGCGAAACAAGCAAGAAGAGUCGUUAUUGUGUGGUCGAUCACAAUAUCAGACACAAAAAGAGUCGUCCGUCGUCGUCGUCGUCGUCUUCUUUCAAAGGACACUUCAAAGGCUAAAUGGGUGCUGCAGAACCUGUGGUUGAGAGAGAGAAUGAAACUCGAGCUCAAGUGCUCAGAGAGGAAGAUGGAAAGAAGAAGGAGAAGAAAGAGGAGAAGACAAUGGAUUUGGAAGAGCGUUUACAAGAGAAAGUGAUUCAGAUGAAUAGUAAUGGAACUGGAAGUGAGAAUCAUAAUGAUCAUCAUGAAGAAAUUCUGCUCUCGAGGUUUCAGACGUUGAAUCCCACUAAUCCACUAAGGAUUGUGAUUAAUGGAGCCACUAAUAGGGCUUCAAAUCCUCCUCCUGCUCAAUCUCAACGUCCUCAACCUCGUUCUGUUCCAGUCCCACAAGAACGGCGACCGGUGACUUUGAAUUCAAGAAGAUAUACCAACAGAAUAUCCCUUUUCUUCUUCAUCCUUCACUUGAUAUUAGCUAUUGCCCUGGUUUGCUUUCUUGUGUUUAAGGGAAUUCAGGGGCUAAUCCAAGGAUCAGAUUCCAUGGAAAGGAAAGAGAAAAGACUAUUAAAGUACUUUCUACCCCAAGUGGAAGCUGCAUCUCUCAUGAGCAUCACUCUUGCAUUUGCAUGGCAAAAAGCAGUUAGGCAAUGGCCUACAUUCAUGAUUCAUUUCAUUCUAUGGUGCUCAUUUGUGAUGUCUCUGUCUGCUGGAAUUCUCUUACUUUGUUUCCAAAAGUCUCCCACUGAUGGUGUUGGAGUUUGCUUGGUUGCUUUUUCAGUAGGCAAUGGCUUAUAUGCUUGUUGGGUUAAUAGGAGAAUUAAGUUUUGCAGCAAGAUUUUGAGUUUAUCACUUCAACCUACAUCAAUUUUUCCUGAUUUGAACCAACCCACUUAUUAUUUGCUUGGUUCUGGAUUCUUGUGGAUGUCUUUAUGGAUAUUGGCUGUGAUUGGAGCCUUGAACUUCUAUUUCCCUCCUUUGAUCAUCAUUUUAUUGGUCUUGAGUUUGGCUUGGACCACUGAGGUGCUGAGGAAUGUGGUUAAUAUCACUGUAAGUAGAGUCAUUGCACUGUAUUACCUAAGAGGAAUGCAAGCAAGCACUCACUUCUGCUUUCUGAGAGCCUUAACUCGCAAUCUCGGGAGCGCUUGUCUGGGCUCUCUCUUUGUUCCGACCAUCGAAGCCCUGCGAAUUAUCGCUCGGUUUUUGAAUCUGCUGGAGGGAGAAGAUGAGUUCUUGUUUUGUUGUGCUCAUUGUUGUCUCAAUGUCAUGCAAUCCAUCUUCAGAAAUGGCAAUGGCUGGGCCUAUGUUCAGAUUGCUGCAUAUGGGAAAGGUUUUGUGGUGGCAUCACAGGACACAUGGGCUCUAUUUGAGAAACAAGAAAUGGAAGAACUGGUGGACUCUGAUAUAACAAGCUCAAUCUGCUUUCUCACUGGGGUUUGCAGUGGAUCUAUUUGUGUCAUUGUCACGGCUGCUUGGACUGCUAAAGUACACCAGAGUUUCACAGCCACUCUAUCCCUCCUCACUUUCUUCAUUGGAUACCUUCUGACGAGGAUCGCCAUGGCAGUGCCUCAUGCGUGUGUAAGUUGUUACUAUGUGUGCUAUGCAGAGAACCCAGAGAAUAGACUCUUUGAUAAAACAAUCCAAGAUCGUCUCUCUUUGAUCAAAUCAAAUCGUGAUAUGACUGUGCCUACGCCAAGAGUACCAAGACACUUCAGGGUUUAAUUGGAAAUUUUGUUGGAACAAAACGACCAUAGGCGUAGCCAUGCAACAAGCAACAAAGUUACAUCAUAUCAAAAAUCAUGAGAUUCUUGCAUUCAAUUGGGGGAUCGUCAAGAAAAUUAUGGUAUCCAAGUUUAGCCAAUUUGCUUGGCGAACAAGCCAGUCCGCACAUCAAUUUCCUUUCUUGAAAACAUGCAUGGUCCAAGGUUUAGUUUGCAAUUUGCUUCUUCUCCAUUGUACAGAGUUGGAGAUUCAGGGUCAAGAAGCUGAACCAUUGAUUUUUGGAUAUUGUAUGGAGAAAAUGAGAUUCUUUUGAGGGAAAAAUAUAUACAAUUCUUUUACAUUUGUAAUUGUAAAGUUCAUUAAUCAUAACAGUCCAGUCAAUUGAUUUUUUUUCCCCAGAGUGAUGCAAAGAAUGAGGAUGUAAAGUCCACUUAUUUUACAUUUAUCAUUUCAUUCUUUAUUUGUUUCUC